AUGGCCGGAAUGAAGAGAAGGAAGAAACAAAGGAGUGACAGAACAAAAGAACCAGGGAAAGAUGGAAUGAAAACAGAGAGGGAACAUCAUGCGGCCUGCAUAACUAAUAAACAAGGAACAGAAGGAGCAAAGGAGGUGAGCAACAAACGAAGUAUGGGAAGGAUGACUUUCUGUAAAACAAGGAGAAGAAAAAAAGAGAGUGGGAGGGAAAGAGUGCUGAAAAUAACCAAGUGAGAACCGCAAAGACAUAGUAAGAAAUCAGGAAAUAAUGGCAAAGGGGGAAGUAUUUCUUCUGCCUGCGUCUAUGAGUCAGCCUGCCUCUGGGCGGAGGGGGGUUCGGAGACUUUGGAGGGUGUGAGAUGGGUGCUUUUGCCCUCAAUGAUCUCCCCCCCCUUGGAGGAUGUUUCGUCCCAGAGGCCGGAGGCUGACCUUUUGCUCUGAUCACAUCCAUUAUUAUUAUCAUCACUGUUUCUCUUCUAAUAGAGCAGAACAUCGUAUCCCAAUGAGAGCGGGGCAACAAAACGGGUGGGAAUGGACAGCAAUUUCAUCACACUGGUGGUGGAAAGGUGA